GGGGGAGUAAGCAGAACAGAAACGAAAAGAGACUGUGCAAAACAGGCCCCUACCCCUCCUCUCCGGGAAAUGGGUCUCAGUCUGAUGAGUAAGACAAGAAGCCCCCUGUAUCGCUGGUGCAUCUGAAGCUACACAGCUAUGGAGGAGAGGGCCCUGUGUCGAGUGAGGGGAGAGUGUGUGUGGCCCCUACAACCUGCGGUCUGUUCGACUCUUCAGCGGAUCAAAUACACAUUCUUACAUUAAUAUCUCUACACUAUAUACAAGCAAACACACACACCUUUACACACACAUAUUCACAUGCGCAACGGCUAAGCUCCACCUCUAUAAGGUUUGUGCUUUCUGCAUCCUUGUAUUGUGGGAGCAGUUACACCAUCCAACCGCAUGGAGGCACUGCAAGGUUCUCCUGAUAGCAGCAGUGAGGAAUGUACUGUACUGGAAGCCCUGCCUGGCAAGGGAACCGGACUAAUUUGCUCUCAACACAAAGGAAAAGUGCCUGUGUUUUACUGUUUGGCAUGUGAGAAUGCUGUGUGCGAGGACUGUAUAAAUGGGGAUCAUGCUGAUCAUCCUACUAAUUCACUGGAAAAUAUUGUAGAACAACAACGUACAGCACUGCAGGACAGAGUGGAUGCAGCUAAGAACAGGCUGCCUCAAAUAGGAGAAGCGGUUCAGUGCCUGAGAGAUGUUCUGCAGCAGUUGAACACUCAACGGAGCUCUAUAGAGGAAGACAUCCAUUCUUCCUUCAGCGAGCUGCACAAAACCCUCGACACACGCAAGAGCGUCCUGCUCAUGGAGCUGGAAGUCACGUAUGGACUGAAGCAGAAGGUUCUGCAGGCUCAGUUGGAUACUCUUCUGCAGGAGGAAGCUGCCAUUAACCAUAACUGCAGCCUGACCACUGAGGCCUUGGACGGUGGAAGCAAAGCUGUCGUUCUGCAGACCCAUAAAGAGGUAGGGGAGAAACUCAGUGACCUGGCCAGCCAGGGCCUUCCCCUUCAACCAGAGGAGAACGACCAGCUGGAUCUCAUGAUGGAGAUCGAAGGACUUCGCAAGUCCAUCCACAACCUAGGAACCAUUGUCACUACCAAUGCUGUGGCCAGUCAGACCGAGGCAUCCGGAGAAGGUUUAGAGCAGUGCGUUGUGGGCCAACCUGCUGCUGUCCUCAUAACCACAAGGGAUAAGGCUGGAGGGUUGUGCAAGACGGGCAACGCCAUCAUCUCAGCAGAAGUCUUCACACCAGAUGGCAGCGUUGCAGAUGGCGAAAUUGUGGACCUUAAGAACGGAAUGUAUGAAUACCAAUACACGGUGAAGAAGGAGGGCGAUUUUAGUCUGGCAUUGAGACUUUAUGAUCAGCAUAUCAAAGGCAGCCCCUUCAAAUUAAAAGUCACCAACUCUCCGGAUGACUCGCCGCCUACCACCACAGCAGCCAAUGCGGCCUCCACGGGUUCCAGCGAUGGUGGGGCACGGAAACGGAGCGCUAAGUCUCCAGGGAGCAGAAGCCGACAAAAGGGUGUGAGGCGAGGAGGAAGCUUGUUUAGUACCCCAAAGAAGAGAGUGAACCCGAUUGAGGAUGAUCUCAUUUUUAGAAUAGGAACAAAAGGGAGGAAUAAAGGAGAGUUCACAAACCUCCAAGGAGUAGCAGCUUCUUCAACAGAAAAAAUCCUGAUUGCAGACAGUAACAAUCAGUGUGUGCAGAUAUUUUCAAAUACAGGAGAGUUUCAAAGCCGGUUUGGAGUACGUGGCCGGUUACCAGGGCAACUACAAAGGCCCACUGGAGUGGCUGUACAUCCGAAUGGUGACAUCAUCAUUGCUGACUAUGACAAUAAGUGGGUUAGCAUCUUCUCCAGUGAGGGCAAAUACAAGGCAAAGCUGGGCUCAGGCAGGCUAAUGGGCCCAAAAGGUGUAUCCGUGGACCAGAAUGGUCACGUUAUCGUUGUGGACAACAAGGCCUGCACGGUUUUCAUCUUUCAGCCCAGUGGUAAACUUGUCACAAAGUUUGGCAGCAGGGGAAACGGUGACAGACAGUUUGCAGGCCCACACUUUGCAGCAGUCAACAACAACAAUGAAAUAAUUAUCACAGACUUUCAUAAUCACUCUGUUAAGGUGUUCAAUGCAGAUGGUGAAUUCUUGCUUAAAUUUGGCUCAAACGGUGAAGGCAAUGGCCAGUUCAAUGCUCCUACAGGGGUCGCUGUGGAUGUCAAUGGGAACAUUAUAGUGGCAGACUGGGGAAACAGCCGUAUACAGGUGUUUGACGGAAGUGGAUCGUUCCUCUCUUACAUCAACACAGCUGCCGACCCUCUCUAUGGACCCCAGGGCCUGGCUCUAACCUCUGAUGGCCAUGUUGUGGUGGCUGAUUCGGGGAACCACUGCUUUAAAGUGUAUCGAUACCUGCAAUGACUUAUGAGUGAAUGCUUCAGUAUGGAAAGUUUGUUUGUUGGACAUUGAGGUCAUACUGUAUGUGUCCAGCUCUUGCACUUCAUUUGAUGUAAUGUUAUUUUCAUCUUCAUUUACAAUGGACAAUAUUGUCCCUCCUUGGUAUCUUUUGUUUUUGUUACUGCUGUUGGAUGUCUCUCUGAGAAGACUAAAGGCAGAAACAUACUCUACACAAGUACGUGAACGCAGACGCGUCUUGCAAUGCAAGCUCGAUAUCAUGUGUCGUUGCGUUCUGAAACGCAAGUGCACGUUGCAUUCUCAGCGUUGCCGCAAGGGCCGCUAUAGCGAGAUUAGUGUGAACUGUCCGCUUCAAGGGUGAGUUUUCUCUUUCAAGUCAACUACUGUCAUGAGCAACAGUUCGAAGAGAAUAUUGCUGAGCAAGUGAGUGUCAGGACGAGUUCUGAAUGGCAUACUACUAUACUACUCUUUCUAUUUGUUCUAUAGAUAGAUAGAUAUAGCAAAAGUAGUAAGAGUAGUAUGGGUAGUAUGCCAUUCCGAACUCGGCAUCAGUAUAUUUAUAGCAACUUACCUGAAUAAUGACACAUCCAGUUGACGUUUGACGGUAACUUUAUCCCCGCUUGAGCACUGAGGCUUGUUCCCUGCCAUUGUAAUGCAAGAACACACAUUAAGCAUGUUCAACUUGACUGCACGUUGGCAAUCAAGUGAUCUCAUCUGCGUUCACGUACUUGGGUAGAGGACGUUUCGGCCUUAAAGCUUGUUAAUCUACACUGUAAAUGGGAUACCUUGGAAUGCCUUUGUCAAAACUCCACACACUGCAUUUUGGAAAUAUUGCAGAUUUGAGACAGCUGAAUGCAUUGGUGAGUAUACUAGCUAAAGAUUCAGCUCUUAUGUGCUGCAUGUGUGGACAAUGUGCAUGUGUCAUCCUAUUGAACAGAUCUCAAACACUGUUCAAUUCCUGUAUUUUGUAAAAAAGUUCACCCAAAAAUGAAAAUUCUGUCAUUGUUAAUUCACCCACAUAUGAUUCCAUUAUCAAUGAAUAAUUAUUAAAAUUUUGGUUUACUUCAAACAGAGCUAUUGUAUGGCUUCCAAAGAGUUGGAAUAUAGCGCACAAGUAGUAUGGACUACUUUUAUAGUGUUUGUUUUUUUUUUUGUUUUUUUUUGUCAUUUUGGAGCUUGGCAGACCCAGUCCCCUUUCACUUUCAUUAUGUGGAAAAUAGUGGCCAGGAUCUUCUUCAACAUUUCUCCUUUUCAUUUUUGGGUGAGCUUUUCCUUUAAGACCGCGAUAGGACGUAACGUUGACAAAUGAAGGACACUAUUAGAAUGCUAAAUCAACACUUUUCUUCACAUUUUGAUGAGCUUACAAGUUCAUAAAUCAUGCAGUCAAGAGAGCAGACCGCUGAGGCUUUUUAUCUCCCUGUCUCAGGCUCCAAGCUUUAGCAUUUGUCUUCCCAGUUCAACCCUUUCGAUCCCAUUCAUCUCACAGUUAACUAAUACAAGGCCUGGUUAUAAUUAUUACUAAUGUGCUGAUCGUAUUCCAUCUGUGUCUGUUUAAUUCAUCCUUGAUUAAAAAAUUCUGUCCAAUCAGUGCAACAACUUAGACAUGACUUAAAGUGUGGUAUUUUGGCAUUAAAAGCAAUCCUUCAAUCACAAUCAAACUGUUUGCCCUGUUUAAUGAUGUACUCUGUGUACUGUAUGUGUGUAAGAGACUAACAGUAGAUCACUUAAUGCACUGUUGCCUUGCAUACUUGCAUUAUAGAAUGAAACAAGCAGCUUACAGCUCUUUAUUUAGAAAAUAUUAGGACUCUAUAUUUUCCUUACAAAUACUGUUAAAACUGGAAAUAUCUAUAUAUUUGUGUAAUUAUCUUAAUGUUUUGAAGAAAAAGGUGUUGAGUGGUCUCUUGUUUGGGUUGAAAAUGCAAACAUUUCAGUUCACUUGUGGUCUGUAGUUAAAGGCAAAUAAUUAAAUUAUCUUUGCACACAGUUGAUUUCCACCUUAUCAAUCAUUUUCUUGUGUAUCCCAGGAUUCCAUAUAGAGGAAUGAUGUAAUACAAAUUCCAUCAUAUGACUACCACAUCUGGAGUCACAAGUUCAAAUCCAGGGCAUGCUGAGUGACUACAGUCAGAUUCCUAAGCAACCAAUUGGCCCAUUUGCUAGGGUGGGUAGAGUCAUGUUAGGUUAACCUCCUCGUGGUCGCCAUAAUGUGGUUCUCGCUCUCGGUGGGGCGCGUGAUGAGUUGUGCGUGGAUGCUGUGGAGAAUAGCGUGAAGCAUUCACACACGGUAGGUCUCUGCGGUAAUGUGCUUUAACCCACUAGUGGUGGUGGCGUAGUGGGCUAAAGCACGUAACUGGUAAUCAGAAGGUUGCUGGUUCAGUCCCCACAGCCAUCACCAUUGUGUCCUUGAGCAAGGCACUUAACUCCAGGUUGCUCCAGGUGGAUUGUCGCUUUGGAUAAAAGCAUCUGCCAAAUGCAUAAAAGUAAAUGUAAACAAGCCACAUGAUAAGAUGUGUGGAUUGACGGUCUCAAAUGCAGAGGCAACUGAGAUUCAUCCUCUGCCACACGGAUUGAGGCGAGUCACUAUGCCACCAUGAGGACUUAGAGCACUUUGGGAAUUGGGCAUGCCAAAUUGGGGAGAAAAAUAAAUUCCAUCAUAACUUAAUAGCAAUAGUAUUUUCAUUAUUAUUUCAUUAUCAUUACAAAGAAAUUGUCAUUUUUAAGUUUUUGCUGUUUUACUGAGUCCAGAAUGUGUCUUAUUAAAUUGUUUUGAUUUAGUACAGUAAAUCUGUACUGUAAAUUGUAUGAUUUAAUGUGUGCUGAUUUUUUUUAUUUUUAUUUUUAUUUUAUUUUUUAUACAUAUAAGAAUUGUAUGUAAAGAUUGUUUUGUAUUUAAAAAAAAAAGAGAGAGAUUUUACUUGAAUGUUAAUGUUUUAUGGUCAUGUUCAUACAAAAUCAGCCUUAACAUUUAUUGUCUCUUCUUAUUGGUUAAAUUAUUUCAGUAGAAUCUUUUAUUUAAUUUAACCUGGUGAUGUAUGCUUGUUUAUGACUUAAAACAGUAAUCUUGCUUAGACUGUGUUGACUUUUUUAUUAUUAUUGCUAUCACUUCAUCAGUGACAUCAUUAUCAUGCUUAUGUGCAGCACAUUAAAAAGUGACUUUAGAAAAGAUUGUUGUCCUUUUUGAAUUUAAACAAUCAGUGCAAAACUGAUACACUUAAACUCUUUAAGACUCUCUGUUAAGCGUAAUAUCAAUAAUUUUGUAAUUAGUAAUAAAUCUUCACUUAACAGGUUACAAAUUAUAUACAGUGGCAAAAAAAAGUAUAUGAACCCUUUAGAAUUACCUGCAUUUAUAUAAUGUCUUAAAAUCUGGUUUGAUCUUUGUCUCAGUUACAAUAAUGUACAAGCACAAUCUGUUUUAACUAAUAACAAACAAAUUACUGUAUUGUUCUUGUACAUAUUGAAUACAUCAUUCAAACAUUCACAGUGUAGGUUGGAAAAAAGUAUGUGAACCCCUAGGCAAAUGACAUCAACAAAAGCUAAUUAGAGUCAGGAGUUGGCAAACUUGGCAUCCAAUUAAUGAAACGAGAUUGGAGGUGUGGGUUAGAGCUACUUAUAAAAAAAGCUCAAACAUUUUGAGUUUGCUUUUCACAAGAAGCAUCUGCUGACAUGGACUAUGCCUCGCAAAAAAGAUCUCAGAAAACCUACGAUCAAGAAUUGUUGCUUUGCAUAAAGCUGUAAAGGGUUGCAAAGUUAUCUCGAAGACCUUAGAUAUUCAUCUGUACACAGUUAGACAAAUUUUCUAUAAUUGGAGAUGAUUUAGUACUGUGGCUACUCUCUCUAUAGUGGU